GGAAUCAGUAACCAACCGCCGCGGCGGUCGUGUAGACAGUAUCUAAUGAAAUGAACAACACUGUAUUUAUUUUUUAUUUAUUUAUUUGAAAUUUCAAAGAGAUAACUAGGUAGUUGGUUUUGAAUUUCAUAAAUAUGGGUAUAACAGAUGAUGUAACUCUCCCGACUGAAGAAGAAUUAACUGUACAAGAAGUUAACUUAUCAGGACCAGCUCUAAAAGCUGGUGCCUUUCAUCUAGGGAAGGCUUGCGAGUUCGAAAAUAAUGAAUUUAUUCUAUGUAGAAACGAAUUGAAGGAUCCAAGAGCAUGUAUCAAUGAAGGCAAAGCUACAACGAACUGUGCAUUGAAUUUCUUCAGACAGGUUAAGAAGACUUGUGCUGAUGAGUUCAUGCAAUAUGUAAACUGUCUGGAUAAAUCUAGCCCUGAUCAAAAAUUUUUACCGUGCCGAAAGACACAGGGAGUGUUUGACAAAUGUGUCAAAGACAAUUUGGGUAUGGAAAGACCUCCUUAUGAUUACUUUGCCAGAGUUCAUGUCCACAAAACUGCUAGACCUAGACCACCAGUUGAAGGACCUGCAGUGUAUGAAGAUGCUACACCAGGUCUUCCAGAAGACACUCCAAGACCAGAAGCAAAAUAUGGAUCACGUUAUAUUUUCAUGUGGUAAUACUGCAAUCAUGGUGUUGUGUAGUUUGUACAAGUAUGUAUCUGCUAGAACUAUUGUAAAUAAAUUAUAAUAUGAAUCU